UUCGCUCAGCAAAGAGAGGGUCAAAACAACAGUGUAAAGUAAAAAAGAAACAGUUACAGCUUCACAGCCCUUGCCAGUGCCCUGCUCGGAUGCGUUGUUAAAGUUUCAGGAGGAAACACUUGUUCUUCCUGGGACAGAAGCAUUGAUCCAGGGUUUUGUGUCCCUUCAGGCCGGGAGUUGAACAGGCUGGCUGGUUUGCCAUGCAGCUCCUUUGUUGUUCUGAGCGUGCCCUGGGUCACACAUCCCUCCUUUGCCCACUCCAGGUGUGUCACCUGCUGGCCACUGCUCUGUUGCCUGCUUGUCCUGGCUGUGAAGCUCUUCUUCUUCAGGAAAAUGUCACGUUUCAGCAUUCACCAGCUGCUGCAUUCCAGCCCUCAUGGCCAGUGCUGGGAGUGCUGUCAGGGGCUGGAAAUGGGAUGUUUGUUGUGUCUUGCUUCAGGCUUGCAGGAUUGAAUGCAAGCAAAAACUGCCCACCCUGGGGAAUCAGAAGGUCCCCUGUCAUAUUUGUAGUGAGGAUUUGUUUGGAAACAGUUCUACAGGAGACUUUUUGUUAACUGAUCUCCCAGUGGAAAACCAGCACAGAUGGUUAAGGAGAGGGAUGUGCUGCCUUUCGCUUUGGAUGCAACAUGAUAAUGCUGCUAAUUAGCAGGAUGGCCAUUUGAAGGCCUGGUUUCUGCUGAGCAACAGGGAAGGUGCUCUGGCUGAGAGCUGUCCCUGGAAAAAAUCCAAACCAACUGCUCUGUGGACUGCUUGCUUGUGCCAGGAAUGCCCUGCUGUUCUUGGAGGUGACACCCCUGGGAGCUGCCUGCCGGGUGUGAGGUGUCACGGUCACAGGGGGCUUCCAGUCUGUGGGCAGAGCUCUUCUAAAGGUUUAACUUGCUCUUCUGAGAUCAUAUGUGAUAAAGGAUGUGCCAUGGCCCUGCCACCUCCUGCACUUCAGGCUUUCCUUAGAGUCCCUGCAGUGAUGUGUCCAAAAUACUAAGUUUGAACACGUUUCUCUUGGUGACUUAACAUCAAGGCCAUGCUUUUCUACCAUUAUCUAUGUUGGAUUUUUUUUAACUUUUUUGAGUUUCAGCUGAAAAGCAUCUGUUUUCUUGGAGUAGUGAUGGAUUGGGAAGGUGGAUACUUUUGCACAGAUUUUUUUUUUUUUCCCUGUUCAUCAUUCUGGUGUGCCAGUUUUACUCACAGAAGGAAUACGAGCUCAUCACUCCCCUUUCAGCUUCGUGCAGCUGAAAUCACCAUGAGGGUAGUCUUGCUUGUGCCUGUACCACACAGCACGUGGUUAGGAAGUUCCUAGGAUUGAUAUCCAGUCACAACAUUCCAGUGUAUUUGAUCGACCCUUUGAUUCUGGGAUUGGUUGAUAAAGACAUUGAGCAGAUCAGAAGCUCUCCUGAUAGCCCCAGCCCAGAAUGCAAAUACUUCUGUGCUCCAAGAGACUUCACUACCUUUGCACUACUGGACAAAACGUGGAAACAUGAUGUGGGCCUUUUUAGAACUGCUGAGAAGAUGGGGUUCCAGUGGCUAAAGAUCAUAAACAAGGACCCCCGCCUGGAUGGGAUGGAUGACCUGUCUGGGAUGGAAAUUCCCUUGCACUACAUAUUCAAACUGGCAUCCCAUGCCAUUCACCUGGUGGUCUUCUAUGAGAGGAGUGGCAACUUCCUCUGGCACGGGCCCCUGAGACUCAAGCAGCAAAUGGACAGAAAGUUUGUGCCUUUCCGGAAGCUCCACUUCGGUCGCUACCCUGGGGCCUAUGAAAAGCCAGAACUUGUGCUUGUUUCCAUCGAUGACUUAAAAGUUCAAAUUCCAAAAAAUCCGUCCAGUUUUCUAGAGGAGAUGUCCCACUCUAGAUUUCUUGAAUGUAGGUACAGAGAAGCUCGGGCUUUCUUUCAGCUAUAUCCUGAUGAUGCCUCUCUUGGUGCAGUGGAAUUCAGGAAAAAGGCAAAAUCCUUGCUUCAUCUGGCUGCCCUGACACUGAAUAAGUUGGGAGUGAAGUUCUGGCUGAGCAGUGGAACAUGUCUUGGCUGGUAUAGGCAGUGCAAUGUCAUUCCUCACAGCAAGGAUGUGGAUUUGGGAAUCUUUAUAAGGGACUACAAAGCAGACAUCAUUCCAGCCUUUCAGAAAGCAGGGCUGCCACUGAAGCACAAAUUUGGCAAGGUGGAAGACAGCUUGGAACUCUCUUUUCAGGGAGAAGAUGAUGUGAAACUUGACAUUUUUUUCUUCUAUGAAGAGAAUGACCACAUAUGGAAUGGAGGAACUCAGGCCAAAUCGGGCAAGAAAUUUAAGUAUCUCUUUCCCAAGUUUACUCUGUGCUGGACUGAAUUUGUGGAGCUCAGGGUGCACGUGCCCUGCGAAACCCUGCAGUACGUGGAGGCCAACUACGGCCCGGAGUGGAAGGUGCCUGUGAAGACGUGGGACUGGAAGAGCUCACCCUUCAACGUGCAGGACAACGGAGUCUGGCCUAUUGAUGAGUGGGACAAUGUCAUCCAAAUCUACUGACCCCUGUCUGCUGGCAGAGCUGUCCCCAGAGCUGUCACUUCGUGAUUUCCCAGUGCCCGAAGGCACGGAGAUCUGUUUUCUUUGCCCCACCUGUUUCCUAAGGAGGCAUUUUCCUCCCUUUGCUUAACAGGUGUUUUCUUCACCUUCAUUGUGCUUUUUCCACGUGGUUAAAGGAGAAGAUGAAAAGCAGCUGGAGGGAAGGGAAGCUGAAAGAAAAGCUGCACAAAAGGAGUAGAGAGGACUGCAGUGCACUUACGGGCAGUUGACUCCUUAAAUGUAAAGUGGCCAGGUGACUUUGACAUUCCUGGGAUCAUCAAAACCUUCAGACUGUUCAAUUCUCAAGCUUGAGAGAAGGUUAGGAUGGGAAAAUCUCAGAGAAGUUCCUCUUUUUUCAAAGGUGAUGUAUGACUGUUUAACUUCAAAACACCAGAGUUAGGAGUACCUCAAAUGUGCUUGAUUUGAGACUGGUACAUCCCUACCAUGAGCAAGGGGUUGCUCUUGGGAGUGGAAUGUUUCUGUGGCACAGAACCUGUGUGACCUGCUUUACAUCCAGGAGGUAUGUGGUAAUGGUGUAACACUAAGUGAAUGGAAGGAGAAACUAUUGACAUUGGACAUUUUUCAGUUUGUCCUUCUUUAAGAAUGUGAAGGUACAUGUUGCUGGGCUGGCUUCCCUGUGAAAAGAAAUAAAAUUCUGGUUUUAAUGUUCCAGUCCUUGUGUUCUCCCUGUAAAAUGUUUUACUGUUUUUCAGCAAAUUACAGCUAUCCCUGCUUUCCUGCAAGUAGAUUGAAAUGGGGGUUAUUCACAGUUUUCUGUUCCACAGAACUCUUUAAGGGAAAGAAGAAAUGUGUACAAAUACCAACUGUUACAUCAAAUUUGCAUCAGCAAUCCUGCCAGUCCUCUCAGUUUCAGUUUCUCCUGCCACUGAAACACUGGAGUAAAUUUUCAGCUUCUGGCAACAACUUGUCAGGCUGGCUCUUCAAUUGGAUGGUAACUUUGCUCUGCCUGGUGAAGUAGAGAGAGAGAUGUAAAAUCCUGCUAACACCAUUCACUUGCUAAAGUAACCAUGACAUCAUAAGGGAUAAUUUCUCAGGUAGAUUUUUUUGUAUUUUUUCCUUAAAAUUGAAAAAAAAAAAGGUGAACGUCCUUGUGGUUUCCAUGUUCAUAACUCUAUUGUCCUGAAUUUCUUGGUGUAAUAACAUGCAGCAAGUCUGUGAGUUUCUCAGAUGUGGUAAAUGUUUAAGAGCAAAAGAAAAGAUGCUCUCAGAAAAUUAUAAUCUGUCAAACGUUUGACUUUGUAGAUGAAAAGACUAAUGAAAAAAAAAUGCAUGUCCCUGAAAGGGAGGAUGUCUUGAAUGGUUGAUAAUACCUGUAAGAUAGUCUUCAGGUUAAAAUGUUUUCACUUCAGAAGAUACAAGUGUAUAUUUAACACUGAUUAAAAGGAGAGUCUAAUUUGCAACUUGA